ACAACACAUCCAAAUUUUGCAAAAUAAUCAGCAAAAAUGUCCAUAGCAUGAUCACUCUGAGUGUCAAUUCCGAAUACCCAGUCGAGGUGAGAGUGUGAGAGAGAGGAGAGAGGAGAGAGGAGAGAGGAGAGAGGAGAUGUUUCUCCGGAGGGUUGUGCUGCCGCUGACGGCGAAGAUGAAGGAGACGGCGAAGAUGAAGGAGACGACGGGAAUCGUGGGGCUAGAAGUGGUGCCAAACGCGAGGGAAGUGUUAAUCACUCUCUACAACAAAACCCUAAAGAAGAUUCAGGCCGUUCCUGAGGACGAGGGCUACCGGAAGACCGUCGAGAGCUUCACGCGCCACCGCCUCAAGGUGUGUCAGGAGGAGGAGGACUGGGAAGCAAUCGAGAAGCGUCUAGGCUGUGGUCAGGUCGAAGAGCUCAUCGAAGAGGCCCAGGACGAGCUCAAGCUCAUCUCCAAGAUGAUAGAGUGGGGUGUUCCUGAUGACUAUGAGUGCAAAGUUAUUGAGAAUGAUGCUCCAGUUCCCAAGCAUGUUCCAUUGCACCGACCUGGUCCUCUCUCCGAGGAGUUCUACAAGACAUUGGAUGUGGUAAUGGCAAGUGCAUUGGAGGCCACUGCCUCAAGCUCCAAGAAGGAUGAGCCUUCGAUCAAGUCCAGUGAGUUGGAACCAAAGAAGUAGUGUGCUGCUUGCACUUGUUUUGAGUAUUUAUCAAGAAAUGUUGUUCCAAAGCUGAAAUCAUCUUUUAUGCUCUGUUGCUCAUGCUUGUUUUGUCAAAAUAUUUUGUUUGUUGGAUCGAACAGAAUUAGUGGGUAAGAAAGAAAUCUUAAGCCAUUAAAAGCAACCUUGAAUUGAAAUUCUUUUACUUUCUUUGUUGUGGUAUUGAAGAAUUUAUGCUAAGAA